AUGAAUAUUUUUUUACAUUUUCAAAAAAUAAAUUAAUAAAAAAUAAAAAUAAUUUAUCCAGUAUUGAAACUUUUACUUCCUACAUGUCACAUCCAAAAAGUUGCGCUUUAAAUUCUAUAGAAAAUGAAGAGAAGGAAAAUAUUUUAUCCAGCGAUCUGAACAAUGUUCUUGAUACAUAUAAAAAAACAAAUACCGAUACGGCAGGUUCUGAUAAGAUUACCGUUUUAAUAAAUAAAGAGAAAAGUAAUAAUAAGAAUGAUCAAAGUAAUAAUAAGAAUGAUAAAAGUAAUAAUAUAUAUAAUGAUAAUAUUCAUUGUAAUAAUGAACCCCUUUUAAAAAAUAAUGAAUUAAAGGGAGCCCUUAAAAUUGAGUUUCCUUUCUCUACACCUAUAAAUAAUGAGAAGAAAAAUUUCAUGUACUCAAAUAAUAUUUUUUACAAAUAUUAUAUAAAUAAUUAUGAAGAAGAAAAAAAUGCAGUUCAUAAAAAUAAUAAUUAUAAUCUUCAUAGUAAUAAUAGUACUAAUCAUGCGUAUGAAAUUAAUCCAAGUAUUCAUCCUACUCAUAUGGAUAAUAUGAAUAAUAUGAAUAAUAUGAAUAAUAUGAACAAUAUGAAUAAUAUGAAUAAUAUAAAUAAUAAUAGUAAUAAUAUAAGCGCAAAUAUGGCUAAGGAUGUAUUACGCGCAUGGUAUAAUGACCAGGAGAACCAAAACGAUUCAGUAGAUUCAAAGAAUUGUAAUACAGAAUAUAUAAGAAUACAAAAGGUUUAUGAAACGAAUAAUAAUGACAUGAAUCCAUUUUUUUAUGCAAGCGCAGGUUUUAAAAACAAUAAAUAUAAUGAUAACAAAAUUGAUGAUCAAUGUGUCCAUAAAUAUAAUGAUAACAAAAUUGAUGAUCAAUGUGUCCAUAAAUAUAAUGAUAACAAAAAUGAUGAUCAAUGUGUCGAUAAAUAUAAUGAUAACAAAAUUGAUGAUCAAUGUGUAGAUAAAUAUAAUGAUAACAAAAUUGAUGAUCAAUGUGUAGAUAAAUAUAAUGAUAACAAAUUUGAUGAUCAAUGUGUAGAUAAAUGUCUUGAUAAUAAAAGGAAUAUUAAUAAUGAGGAUUAUUUUGAAAAUUUUAUAGUAAACGAAAAUAAUAAUUUCAGAGAUACAAUAAUUUGUGAUGAAAAUAAUAAAAUGAUUAUAAUUAAAAAAGUAGAAGAUGAAAGAAAUAUGCAAGGUGACGAUUUUAAUUAUUUACAUGAUAUAUUAGAAAAAACGUAUAAGGAAUAUAUAAAUUUCGACGGUUCGGAAUAUAUAUAUAUAUAUGAUAUAUGUGUGAAGAAGGAUAACCCGAACCAUAAUAAUGAUAAUAUUAAUAACAAAACAUUUGAGAAUAACAAAACAUUUGAGAAUAAUAAAACAUUUGAGAAUAACAAAACAUUUGAGAAUAACAAAACAUUUGAGAAUAAUAUUACAAACGAUGUCAAUAUUAAUCAUAACAUUCUUAAUAAAAAAAUGAACCAUAUUGAAAAUGAAAUAAUUAUUAACAAUCCUCAUAAAAAUGAAUAUAACAUUUUUAAUAAUAUCUCUUUGCAUAUUAACAAACUAAAAGGAUUGUUCAUUUCUCCAAGCAAAUUGGUUGAAGACCAAAGUAAUAUUUCAACAGAUGUUAUACACAUAUCUGAACAAGUCAGAAACAAUAUGACUAGUAAAAAGAUGGUAUUAUGUAAUGAUGAUUAUACACAAGAAAAUAUACAAGAAAUAGAUAAAACAAAUGUUCAAGACAAUAAUGAAAAAAAAAUGGUAACACAUUAUGAUAUUCAAACUAGGGAUAAAAAAGUAAUGAUGAAAGACAUGGAGAAGAGUAAUUUUAUGGAUAAAUUGAACUAUAUAUUUUUUACAGCUAUAAAUAAUACUAGCUCAACUAUCAAGAAUAAUACACAUGAUAAUAUCACAAGUAAUACUACUACACAUGAAAAUAAUAAUAAUAAUAAUAAUAAUAAUAAUUGUAGUAAUAAUUACAACUCGUAUAAUUUUCAUAUCAAAGAAGUGUCGCAGGAAUAUCUUUUUGAAAAUAUGAACAUGGAUCAUAUACAAACUAAUAUGAAUUAUAAUAUUAAAAGAAGAAUAUAUGAAACAGAUAUUUAUGAUAUACAAAUUAUUAAAAAAGGAUAUAAUUAUAUUUAUAUAAAAGAUGGAGAAUGGAAAUAUUUUUUCUGUGUUUUAUUUUAUUUACAAAAUAAUAUAGGACUUAAAAAUGAUAUAAUCUGUAAACAUUAUUGUAAAAUUUAUCAUAGAGGAGAUUAUAUAUUAAAACAAUUAAAUGAUAAUAAUUCUUCAGAUAUAUGUACUAAUUAUUUCCUCGCCUUUUUUGAAGAUAUAUAUUGUAAUAAACAUCAGCUUAAUAAUUUAGAGCUAGCUAUACUUAUUAAAAAAAAAUCAUAUGAAUUUAUAUUUGAAAUAACAAAAUAUAAAACACCAGAUAUUAUACACAAUUUUCAUUAUAUAUAUAUUGAUGAACACAAAAAAACAAAUAAUUGUCUUAAUAUAUUUGACGUAAAUCAUAAUUCAUAUUAUAUCAUACCAUUCAUUUUUAAAACAAUCCAAACAUAUCAUCAUCACAAACAUAACAUACAUGAUGAUGAAAAACAAAACAAUGAACAUCUUAGGAAUCAAAUCAUUUUUAGUUGUGAUAUAUUAAAAGAUUGGAAUGAAUCUAUAUUUUUUAUAACCAACAAAAUGGAAGAAAACAACAAUCAAAACGUUACGAAUCGAAAACAAAAUGAACAAAAGAUACAUUAUGUUAAUAAAAAAUUAAAUCAAUGGAUACACGUAUUCAAGCAGGAAAGAAAUAUAAAACACCUCUGA